CAACAAAGCCACAAUAGAGUUGCAAUGCAUAAGUUAUUUCCCAGAAUUGUAAGGCAAUGACAGUUUGUAGUCGGCGCUCAACCCGCACGCCCUACCUGGCUGUUGUUGUGUUGUCUGAGGGGGGUACCCAACCAGUGAGUCAUCUUGCGCUAGCUUUACCUAAGCAGACCCUUGCUUUACCCCAUAAAUUACCCCCUCCAAAUAUUUAACCAAACAUUAUUUUCACUCAUGGUCUUAGCUAACGUUACCCCAUAGCUAUGUGUUGGUGUUUGGCCUCGGAAACUCAGUGAUGUCUAGCUAUCGUUAAAUAGCUAACGUUAGCCAGCUAACUUAGCUUGCUAAUUAGGUAGCUAGCUCCUUCUGUAACGUUGAGCUCGCUCAGUAUUCAGACGUUAUUGUAGUUAACUAGAGCAGUGCAGUCUAAUUGCAUUGAAUAAUUCUGCAUUUGAAGUUAGCUCUAACAAGCUAGGUAGAUAGCCCUUCAUUUCCAGGCAGCUUUAGCCCCUCACUUCUAGCCAACUUUAGCGGGCACUUUGCAUGGAGACUAGAGUACAUGUUUGUAGAGUGGAAGGAACACACGAUGAUCGAUCAACUGUGUGUAUAGGGCUUUGCCACCUGAUGAUUUGGGUGGGUGUAGUCUUCUCACACCCCUCAUCCUGAGUGAACCCCCUUGAUGCGCCCCUGUACCCCCAAACACACACGCAUUCAAUCCACGCACCGGCGAUGACACACCAUCCCAACAACUCAGUUCGAGACCACAUGAAAUGGGCUGGGUUGCUGGGCUGUGAGGCAGUGCUGUCCAGCAUGGCCCUAAUGCAGGCCAACAACAUGUCUGGGGGACAAAAGAAGAUGUCACAGCACGACCAGGGCCAGAGGGACAUCAACAACCCUGAGAGCCACCAGCAGCAGUCUCACCAAUCACACCAUGGACACCACAACAAUCACCAGUCCCACCACAGCCACAUGGUCCUGCCCUUGGGGGUCAGCUGUCCACCCCUGUUUAUUAGAAAGGAUGGACACUCAUUUCACGCACCCAGGCUGCUGGAUGAGAAAGAUAUGCAGCCCAGACAGAAUACACAACCGACAAAAAAGAAGCACAGAAAAUCAGCAACACCCAACAAGCUGAGAGAGAAAGUGGAGCAGGUGGAGAUGGAUAUUAACGGUGAUGAUCAUAAUUCACAAGUACAGAAGAACUUUAUCUGUGAGCACUGCUAUGGAGCAUUCCGAAGUAGCUACCACCUGAAGCGGCACAUUCUCACUCAUACAGGGGAGAAGCCGUUUGCGUGUGACGUGUGUGACAUGCGGUUUAUUCAGCGAUACCACCUGGACAGACACAAGAGAGUUCACAGUGGAGAGAAGCCCUACCAGUGUGAUCGCUGCAAUCAGAGUUUCUCGCGGACGGACCGUCUGCUACGUCAUCGCCGUCUGUGUGGGGCGGGAAGGAGCAUUCCCAAGGAGGAGAACCAGUCAUUCUCCUGCGAGGGCAGAGGAGGAGCCUACUCCCAGGAUGCACCUGGGCACACGGCUGCCUGGAGCCCCCUACAGCAGCAGAACAGCCGUCUGGCUGUCUGAUCUUUUAACCGCUGACCCUCAGACAGUCCUCAGCUCAGUGGCACCACAUACUAGAGCAGACCAGUACUGCAUCCUCCCUCAGCCCAGAUAAACCUGGCUAAGACACCAAACCUUAAGUUUUUCUCACCAGCUAGCUCAUAUCCUGUUGAUGGGAUAGUGGAUUAUUUUCUACUUUUGUAAUAACUUUUUAAAUAAAUGUUGUAUUGUUACGUACAUGGUACUUAACAGAAGGAGAAGACGAGACCUCGGGUGGGGUGGGAGGAGUUUGGGCAAGCUGUCAUAUUACUACGGCAAUAAUGAAUUCAUUAACUGACAUGUUUUAGCCUCAAUUGGACAAGUGUUUUUUUUGACUGGAGACUUAAGCUCUUUCCAGACAGUAAGUGAACAUUCGGAAUGGAGUUCGGCAAAAUCGAGCAGAUUCCUAUUAUCUGCGCUAGGCAGCUUUCACGUGCACUGCUGACCGCUCCGCCUGGAUAGAAUUCGGCCCCCCCCACCUAGCUCCAUUGAAUGGGAAACUCCACUGCCACUUCCUGCCUGGAAAGCCCUUUAAUGUGAGGUUGGUCUGGUCAUACCAAUAUGAACAAAUGUCUUUGCUUCAACAAAAAAAAUUCUCCAUUUGAUUGUAUGUGUACUCUUACCAUUGGACAAUACUGAUCAGUAACCUAGGACACUCUUCCUGAUCCACUAGCAGCCUCAGUGGCCAAGCACAUACUAUGGACAUUAUUAAGUAUUUGAAGGACAAUGUUGAACACACAAAUCCUUGUGGCCUUGAACCACUCAGAUUCAUUCAAGUUGGUUCUGUUACUACUACUAGCUUAACAGUUCCUGGUUUGACUUGUUAGUGAAUGGCCGUAGCCUAAUAGACCUGUGUAACUAGCUGACACUACCUUGAUAUUGAGAUCAUUGUGUAGUUGACACAUUUCUUGUUCUCCAUUGUUAGUGUCAUUUACAUCCAUCCAGUCCUUGUUAUGUUUGACUCAAUUCUGUCUAAAGAUAUCUAACUUUCUAAUUUGCUACACUGGUCAGAUGUUUAACUCUAGAACCUCUCAUAGCUACUGUUUUGAGGACAGUGGCCAUGGAAAUGGAAUUACUCAUGUCCAUUCUAGUAUUCUAUUUCUAUCUAAGUGAUCUUGUAUUUUUGUUGUGAAUAAUCAGGUGUUUUAUUUCAAAGGACAUCUGUGCAUGUAAGCCUAUUCUAUAUUCAUUCAGACUCUAUGAAGAGUAUCACUAUUUUUUAUUUUUUUGUCCUUCAUUAUCAAAUGUCCUGAGUAUGUCGAUCCAUCUUGUCAUAUUUCUGGUGUUAUUUUAAAGAAGGGGUAAUCUCAUGAA